AUGGCUGGACCACAAGUCGUGCUGCGUCUUUUCGUACUUCUGCUGUCGUGUACUACUAAUACUACUACGUUCCGGGCAGGCAAAAAGUUUUGUUCCGGAAAAUGCAUCUACGACCCCUUCGUCGUGUUUGGACGAUGCAACGGCGUCGAUUUACAAGUUGACCCGACCGUUUCUGCAAGAAACCUCUUCUCUGGCUGUGUGUUCUGUGAGAACAUUGAGUCUGAAAACAACGGAUUUCCACCUUGCCAACUGCCAUUGAACAUCGACAUUCUCAGAUUUUCGGAUCUCCAGGUCUCUCGCCUGACGGGAGCUCUCUUCGCCAACCUACCGAAACUCAGGUACCUGCUUGUGAUCAACGGAACUGUCCAUUCAAUCGAGCCGGGCACAUUUAACAACACCCCGCGCCUAAACACCCUCACUAUCAGCGGCAACAAGCUAUCCCUUCUCGCGCCUGGGCGGUUCAACGACCUGCAUUCCCUGGAAAACCUUCGUUUAGACAGCAACCGCAUCGCUCAGAUAGAGGCCGGAACUUUCCUAAAUCUGACGGCUCUGUCGGUCUUAGUACUCGCCAACAAUCAGCUCACCCGUCUAGAAAAGGAUUACUUCGAGGGACUGUCGGCGCUCGAGUUCAUCGACCUGCAACACAACAAGAUAGAAGCCAUUGAGCCAGGGACAUUCAAGCCGUUCACAUAUCUGAUGGCGCUUCUUUUGUCGGGAAACCGGUUAACCGUUCUCGCAGGGGGUUGGUCGACUGGAAUAGAAAACUUACGGCUGAGGCUAUCGAUGUCUAACAACCCGUUUCGCUGCGAGUGUUUGCCCUCCUGGAUUCCUGAAUAUUUGUCCAUACAGUCGCCGGUCCGACAAGCCGACGGCGGCGCAGUCUGCCAGUUUCCGCCCGAACUGAAAGGCGAGGAGAUUACGGACGCGCUGCUGCACGGGCUUCGGCCGUGUCCGCCUCCGAGGGUCACCGUGUCGGCUCAAAAUGGCAGUGAACAAGCCUUCGCGUGCGAAGUUCUCUGGGAGGAGGAAUCGCACAUAUCCUGGCGCCUCCCCGGCUCGCUGGUUCUGACGGUACACGCACCCGGGCGAUACGAGGAAACAAGCUCACGGUCACACCUCGAAAACAUCACCACCCGUGUCGAACACAACGUGAGCCUUGAAGGCUGGACGACUCCUUGCGAAGCACCAGAACGCAGUGGGUCAGUCUACAGCUACAACGCAACCUGUGGUCCUAACUUUGCCGGAAAGACGACGUCCGUUCUUGUCAUCGGACAGAGCCGGGCAGCGCAGUGGAACAACCAGACCGUCCGAUGUGUGGCGUCGGCCCCACGAGAUUCAUUCUCAAUGCACGACGCCACCGCCUCGGCAGUCAUAUCGGUCGUCGAAGACCCCUCACUCGAAACUUUAAAUACGGGAAAACUGCAGGAUACAACCUGGGGAACAGAGGUGAUGAUGACGGCUUCAGCAACUACUGUGGUGCUCAGCGUGCUGCUCGAUGGACCAGCAGACAGCGGUACCGGUUAUGGAGGACUGUACAUCGUGAUUUCAGUGGUGUGUGCGGCCGCUCUUGCCGUCCUGUGGGGAUAUCUGCUCGUCGCAAAGCUCUGCUGUGGACACACGGACGAUGCUAAUGCUCCUCAACAAGGCACUGGCGAUGGCAAUGAACAACAAACUGCCGACGCGAGUGAUCACGAGUAUGCAACUAUAAAAGACGAAGACUGUGUAUCUCCUCGCUUAGACGCACGUCCCGAUAAUGAGUACGAAGAGAUCCGAGAUGACGCCACUUCUUCGGCGUACCUUCCCCAUUCCCCACGCGCGUCUGUCCACAACAAGAACUCACGGAAGUGCAACCCGCACUACUCGACUAAAAUCUGCGAAAACAGUCCACACGGACUGUACACGAUAGCUGAAAAUGACGGUCCAGAGGACGGCAGCAUGUCUAGUGGUACUGAAGCGCCUUCCGGAGAGGGCGAUACCGAAAAUAGCAGUAUUUCCGGUAUUAGUGCUGGAGGACUUUCUGUGGACGCCGGUAAGUCCGAAAACGGGGAUACUGAAGGCGGCUUAAUGUCUGAUACAGGUGAAGGGCCUUCCGGAGACGGCGAUACCGAAAAUAGCAGUAUUUCCGAGACUAGUACCGAAACGCCUUCCGAAAACGGCGGUGCCGACGACACCCUUAAUGCUGAAAGACCUUUCGAAGACUUUGGUAUGUCCGGUAAACCUACGGGGCCAUCCGGAAACGGAGAUGCCGAAAACGCCCUUGGUGCUGAAGGGCCUUCGAGAGACGCCGGUAUGUCUGGUAAUGAUGGAGACGGAGGUGCCAAAGGCGUCCCUUGUACUGAAGGACAUGCUGAAAAUGACGCGGCCGAAAGCACCGGCAGAGCCGAAGGGCUUGACGGAAGCGGCGAUACUGCCGAAGACGUCGGUGUAUCCGGUAGUGCUGACGGGCCUUCCGGAAAUGGCGGUGCCGAAGACGGGAUCAUGUCGAAUAGUGCUGAAGGGCCUUCGGGCAACGACGAUACUGAAAACACCGGUAGUGCUGAAGAGCCUUCCAGAAACGACGAUGACGAAAACACCGGUACUGUUCAGUUGCCUUCCGAAGACGGUGAUGCAGAAGAUGCCCUUGGUACUGAAGAGCCUUCCGAAAAUGCAGGUGCGGAAGACACCGGUACUGCUGAAGGCCAUGCCGAAAAUGACGAUACCGAAAUCACCGGUAGUGCUUGA